AUGAGGAUCGCUAUCCGCGAACAGCUCGCCGCGAUCGUGAUACUCGCUGUCGGCGUUGCCCUCGCUGUGGUCUGCAUCCCCACAUGGGUCUUCGUCAACAAUUUCGUCGUCGGAGUCGAGUCCGACGGCCUGUUGUUGACGGCCUCGCUCAAGGCCGCUAGAAUCGCCUCCGAGAUCACACUCAUCCAGACGACCUGCUCAACCAUUUCAACGCGCUUGCUGCUCCAACAAGCAUUCGGCAGAUUCUAUGCAACUCAAAUUCAGAACGCAACCGGGGACGAUCCUUGGGAAGAUGCCGAAAUCGACAUCCGGAGUGCUCUAAGCAGGACCGGGUUUAGUGGUCUACUCCAAGCAAGACUAGGGCUGCUCAGUGUUACGGGCAAUGGCGCGAUCGAUUCUGGGUCCAUCCUGCUCCCUUAUAAGGCUCCCAAUGGUUCCGAAAUCCACCUGGGCGACCCGGACUAUGGCUACCCCCCUUCGCUCUACCCCAACAUUAGCUACGUUGAUUUGGGUCGUCCUAAUUCGGCUAUGAACAACACAAACGCCUUCGCAGCCACUGUAUUUCCCGGGGUAUCGUUGGGCAAUGGAAGCGAGAAGACGGGCGUGCUUCUUGGGCCUCUGGUAGUCAACUCGACGUUUGCUCUCAUUUCCAUCACCAUUCCUGUCCGCGACGUCAACAAUACGGACUAUGUUCUUGGUUACAUGACUCUGGUCGCCAACACGAAAACCUUGGUCGAAGUCCAAACGUCUGACGAAGGCGUGGGAUCAACCGGUAUCGUCUUGUUCGUAGGGUCCGUCAACCCCUGGAACCACUUCGAUACGUCAGUCGCCGCUAGCAAUGCGACCUGGAUCCCGCCGGCAGAUAAGUUUAAGCAGCAAGAGGUGCGCUUUCUGCUGCCGCCACAGGGGCCCCAGCAAAGAGAACGACACAGUCACCGUUGGUUCGGGACCGGCAAUUAUGCGGCGCCCUUCCAUGUCAGCCAGUACCCGGCCGUGUUCAACGUCCUCCAAAACCGGAAUUUAAACCCCAACAACGCGAGCAGUAUGCUCUCCACGUACAAUGAGCAAGGGUAUCCGGUUGCCGUCGGCGUGGCGCGGCCCAAGACCUCGUUGGUGUCUUGGGCCAUUGUCGUGGAGAAGGACGAGAAAGAAGCGUACGAGCCGAUUAUGGAACUGCGGCGCAUCCUCCUGAGCUGUGCCUUUGGUACUCUGGGCGUCACCAUCUUGCUCGUCUUUCCCCUGGCACACUGGAGUGUGUUGCCGAUCCGUCGGUUAAAGGAGGCCACCGAGAACUCGAUCGAUCCACCGGGCUAUGAGUCCGAUGAAGAAGAAAUAUUUGAUGACGAGAACCCGAGCUCUGGCGGAACGACAUCGGGGAGAUCGUCUGAGAAGGGGAUGAUUGCCAAGCUCCGCCGCAAAAUACGCAAACGCCGGAAAGCUAGGUUAAGGGCCGCCUUAGCCACCGAACCGGGCCGUCAGCGGUUUAAGAUCCCCGCUAAGGUCGAAAACGGGAAACAUGUUGUAACGGACGAGUUGACGGAGCUCACCCAGACCUUCAACGAGAUGACGGAGGAGCUGCUCAAGCAGUACACUUCACUCGACGAGAAGGUGGCGGAACGGACCCGGGAGCUGGAGAUUAGCAAGAAGGCCGCCGAGGCCGCCAAUGAGAGCAAGACCCUCUUUAUCGCCAACAUUUCACACGAGCUCAAGACGCCCCUCAACGGCAUCAUGGGCAUGUGCGCCGUGUGCAUGGAGGAGGAGGAUCCACAACACAUCAAGCAGUCUCUCAAGACCAUCUACAAAUCCGGGGAUCUCUUGCUCCACCUGCUCGAAGACUUGCUCCAUUUCUCCAAGAACCAGAUUGGCCAACAAGUUAGCCUUGAAGAACGUGAGUUUCGCCUUGGAGACGUCCGGUCACAGGUACUGUCGCUCUUCGAUAAGCAGGUCCGCGAGAGCAAGAGCGACUUCACCAUCAAGUUCGUAUCCGAUGCAGCCGGCGAGAACGCCCGAACCAGCAUGGACAAGAAGCUUCCCGCCCUUGGGCCCGCAGGAGUAGGCCGGCUGAAAGACAUGUGCGUCUGGGGCGACCAGUACCGGAUUCUCCAGGUCAUCAUCAAUCUUGUCAGCAACAGCCUCAAAUUCACGCCCACUGGCGGCAAGGUUCAGCUGAGAAUACGCUGCGUUGGGGAAGUUGAGCAGCCAGGCGACGAGAGCAGGACAUCAUCCUUUUCCAAGACGAGCUCCAGCCGUCUAGGGCGCCCUCGGCAUCGGCUGGGCUCGGGGUCCAUCAACUCGAUGAGCUCUAAGGGGGGCCACGUCCCAUUAGCGCCGGGCAAGCCGGUCCCGGCCAUCUCCAUCAACCCAAUCGACUCAAAGCUCACCCCACACGUCCAAGCCAGGGAACGCUCGCUGACCCCUCCGCCGCCGAACGCGAAGACGUACCUCUUUGAGUUUGAGGUGGAGGACACAGGGCCCGGCAUUCCCGAAAACAUGCAGCAAAAGAUUUUUGAGCCGUUUGUGCAGGGCGAUCUUGGCCUCAGCAAGAAGUACGGCGGUACUGGCCUCGGCCUGAGUAUCUGCUCGCAGCUGGCCACACUCAUGGGUGGGCACAUUUCGCUCAAGAGCACGCCUGGUGUGGGGACCACCUUCACGAUGCAGAUCCCUCUCAAGUACAUCAAAGACCGCGCGUCCAGCACGGCGUCCAGCAGUAUCAAGUCGCGGCCUGCCAGCGUGGGGUCGACCGAGGGCGGCGACGUGCGAUCCAUCGCCCAACGCGCCUCGGCUGAGACCCCACAUCAACCAGCAGGAGGCCCCUUACUCGACAAACAACCGCGUCUCGUCGGGCUCCGGCAGCCGUUCUUUGCAACCACCCCUACUCGACGGCUGACCAAGGAAGACCAGAUGGCGGCCAUCGAUCUGGCCAUGGCGAGCAAGGCGGACCAGGGCAAGCUGCGUGUGCUCGUUGCUGACGACAACUCGACUAACAUCGAGGUCGUCAGCCGGCUCCUCCAGCUGGAAGACGUCUAUGAUGUGACCAUCGCCAAGGACGGCCAGGAAGCGUACGACCUGGUCAAAGACAACAUGGAGAAGAACAAGCAUUUCGACGUCAUCUUCAUGGACAUCCAGAUGCCUAACCUUGACGGCCUACAGUCCACCCGCCUAAUCCGCAAAAUGGGCUACUCAGCGCCGAUCGUUGCCCUUACGGCAUUCUCGGAAGAGAGCAAUGUCAAGGAGUGCAUGGAGUCGGGCAUGAAUGAGUUCUUGAGUAAACCCAUUCGUCGUCCGGCGCUAAAACAGGUGCUCGCCAAGUUUGCGACAAUUCCCGAGGAGCCCGAGACGGCCAAGACUACGCCAGAAAAAACUCCCGUGGGGACACCGGAGACGGAGGUGAAAAAUCCUCUAGCGGCGAACGGGCUGCCCACCAGGAGUCCCGCGGAAGCUACCCAAGCCAGCGCCUAG